AUGUUAGAUGCCAAGCAAAUGACCACCAUUCUGACGGAGAUCGAGGCUCAAAUUAACAGUCGUCCUCUUACUUACAUUGGAGCUGAACCAAAUGAUUUAAAGGCCCUUAUGCCAGCCCAGAUUCUCAUUGGGAGAAAUUUACAGGCGUUUCCAAGCAAAGAUACGAAAGUUACGGAGCACACUUCCAACGCCUUAAAGAAACGAUUACAAUAUCAUCAACGUUUGGUAAAUGGAUUUUGGGAAUGAUGGAAUGCGGAAUAUCUUAAGUCGUUAACCACUUUGAAGAAAUGGAUCGAUAUUGGUCGAAAAAUGCAUGUUGGUGAUGUAGUACUCGUAAGUGAGGAUAAUGUUCCAAGAGGACAAUGGCUGAAAGCCCGUGUUGAGGCAACGCAUGAAGGAAGAGAUGGUCUGAUCCGAUCUGUAACGUUACGUUUGCCCUCAGGCCACCAUACCCGUCGUCCUGUACAAAGACUACACGUGUUAGAAACUUGUGAUGCUGACAUAGCAGCAGGACUAAAGUAA